AUGAGUUUCCAUCUAGUGCUUAAACCCCUGAUCAUGUUGUUCUUAUUCCUCAUCCUACUUAUCGGCACACGUGUUGCAAUGGAAUUGCCAGAUCGCCCAUCAUUGGUCGAGUCUCGGGAAGGAACUACCGGCUUCUCGGCGUCACUACAUUCAAUCAGCACAAAAUCAGUUUGUGAGAGCAAUUGUGGCUCAGAUGAGUCAAGAGCACACACAUUAGCUGGCCCUUUGGAUGAUCAAGGAGAAACGCCUUUGCCAAAACUUCAAGAAAUCGUGAUCCAGGAUGGCGGAGUAGGACCAAGCCAGGGCACUAGGGAAGCCUCAAAAGCGAUCAGUAACGUGGGAAUCUCUCCUCCCCACCUCACGUUCAACCCAGAAGGUCAAGCUGUGCCGACUGAUGUGGAAUCAUCGGGAGACCCAAGCAAACCCAUGACAGAAUGUCCGAUUUGCUGCGAAUACAUCCAGUCGGAAAAGCCUUCCGCGUCUUAUUUCGGGAAAGAAUGCGACCACAAAUUCCACGAAAAGUGCAUUCAACCUUGGCUGGACCAACAGCGAGAAAAGGCAACAUGUCCAGUAUGUCGACUGCCGGUCCAAUGGACAAAGGAGCUGGCAGCUAAGCUCUCCGUGCCAAAGUUGCAUUUCGAUGAACCUUUCCGCAAGAUAAUCCGCAUGAUCAGGUCUCUAACUGGACCACAGGUUGCAAUUGUAUCUGCUUUUGCGUUUUUUAUUGUUGUCGUGAUGACAGUAAGCCGUUAUUUACCCACCAGAUAG